AUGAAUUAAAGUGAAAUCUUAGACAUAAUCAAAUAGAUCGAAGAUGAUUGCAAAUUCAUUUAAGAGUAUUAUUUUAUUGAUCUUAAGUAUUACUGAGAUAAGUUUGACUUCUAAAGUUGUAGAAUAUUAGAUGGUGCCAAAUCACAAGCAAAUAUUGACUGAACACUUGAAUACAAGAUCUAUGAGAUAAAUUCCUUUAAUGAUUCAACCUAAAGACCCUCCAGAUUCUCCAAAAGAGAUUAAAUAUUUCAAAAGUGAAUUUUAUAUAAGGAAUAACAAUAAUUAAAUGGAUUCAAGAAGAAAAUAAUUAUUUUAACCCAGAUGUGGAAUUUCAUUUAGAUAUUAAUCAGAAGUACAGAAAAGAUCAAAUCUCAAAUCAGCUUUAAAAAAUAAAAGGAACCACUCUUUAUUUAAGUCUUAAAAAUCUGUAAGAUUUAGAAUCGAUUAUCCUCUAUAAUUUUGA